AUGAAUCCGACAGAAAAAAAAGUAAAAGCAAGAACAAAAUCUACUUAGCAACAAGCAUAGCAAUCUUCAAAGACUGAGAAAACUAAUUUGGAAGAGUCAAAUGAGAAAGAUAAACAAUAAUUAGGAAUUUCACGAUUGAUUAGUAGUAGCUCAACAUCAACUACAUAACCUCCCCGCUAAACAUCCUCGCAGCUACUUAAUUAGCAAUCUUAAUCUUUAAAUUCGAUAAAUAGUUAGGUUCCUUAGUUGCAAUCAUAAUCAUCUCAGAAUUAGCAGUAGGCAGCUAAAAUCGAUUAUAAAAAAUAAAAUGCAGGGAAAUAUAAGCCUCUUUAUUCAACAGAUUCUGAUGAUGAUUUUAUUCCCAUAAAAAAGAAGAAAAUUGAAGUAGAGCAGAAACCUGUACAACAAGUAUAAACUAAAAACGAAGAAAUCAAGCAAUCUAAUGUUAUUAUUAUUCCCGUUGCACCUCUAAAUAUAAAUAAAUGCUUUUAAGAUAUAUUGCUGCAAACAUCAAAAGACUAAUACUUAUUGACCAUGAUUAAAACCAUCCUUUCAGCAGGAAGUAAGAAAUUAGCAGAUAAAUAAAGUGUUUUCAAAAAAACAUGGACUUAAUUGAGAAAUUCAAAUUGCUCCCAUGAAGAAUAUUUAAAAUGGGAGGAAUAGCUUAAAAGAAAUGAGGCAUAUGAGAUUAAAGAUAUAAAGGAAACGACUAUUUAAAGAUUGAUAAACAGCAAAAUUAGAGGUUUUGUAAGUUACGAUUAGCUAUUAGAGAAAGGUAAAAAGGAAUAUAUUAUCAGAAAUAAAUUAGAAGAAGAUUCGCCUAUUUUAUCUAAAGAAUUCAAGCUGGAUGAGAAAUCAUACGAUGAAUUUAGAAAUGAUUAGUUUACUUUACUAGAAAAAUUAAUGAAAGAAAAUAAUUUAGUGGCUAUUGAUAUGCUAAAACCAGAUAUGAUGAAGUAAGCCAGAGAAUUAGGCAGUCAUGUUUCUAUUAAUCCAUAACUGAUAGAUGAAGCACUACUUGAUUAAGACCUACUACUUCCUGGACAUAUAGAUAAAAGUGAUGUGGAAAAGUAGUUAGAAUUCUUAGAAGAAGAGGAAAAUAUUGUUUAAAAAGUUAGCUUAUGUAAAUAUUUUGAAAAUAAAUAAAAAAAUGAGCAAUCUGCACUAACAUAAAAUCAAUCCACAGACAAUGGUAGCAAGUUUUCUUCAUCUUUUACCUCUCCUAAUCAAAAUAGCAGUAGCAAUAACGAUCCUUACGAAAUAGAAAAAAACAUAGAAAAGUAUUCAUUCUAGAAAAUUUUUAAGAGCUAUGAUGAUUUUAUUCAUUUGCAACCUUCUGACAACUGUUUGAUUGCAAAAAGAGUAAAAUCUCUUCUUUUAGAUAUAAAAUCUGAUGAACUGUUCACAGAUGCCAAAUUUUAGAAAGAACAAUUUGAAAAAUACUAAAAAAUGCUGAAAUAGAUAAAUGAUAUAGAUUAAUUUGAUAUUAAUAAAGUAAGUGAAGAAACUCUUAAAAAUUUAGUGGAAAUAGCCGCUUACAUUAUGAAUAAUGUACAUUAUUUCUAAAAAUUUAAUUUAAAAUGCGAUUUACUACAUCCUUUAGAUUUAUUAUAUGUGACUGAAAAAUUUUUAAAAUAAUCCAACAACCAAAACUCUUCAUCUUCAGGGUCAUCUUCAUCAUCUAAUUCCUCUACAAACUCUAACUAAGCUGCUACAGUAAAUAUAUAAAAUCAAAAAAGCUGA